AUGGCUGAUGCCAACUUUCUCUGUCUCCUCCUGCUCCUAUCGCACCUGACCCUCGGAUUCUCCGCAAGAACCAGCGCAAGCCUCCUCUUCGUCUCUCCCCUGCGGUCGGCGAGCAACACCUCUGCUUUCUCGUCUAAUGACCUCAGGGACGCCUUCCUCGCCCUCGCCAUCGCAGCUCGGCAUGUCAACGCGAGGAGCAACGUGGUGGUCAAGGAGGCUGCCUCCCUCCCGCGUCCCUUCCAGCUCAACGUCUCCUUCCUCCAGACCUCCUUCUCGCCUCUUCUCAUCGCUCGUGACAUCUUGUCGUGGUCGCAGCCACCCGACGCCAUAGUCGCAAACCUCGACACGUUUGAGCUUGAAGCCGCAUGCUCGCUCACUGCCCCGAGCGGCUUGUCGGUGAUGAGCUACAGCGCCAAGCUCAAGUCGUUUGCGGACAAGGCUCUCUUUCCCUUCCUCUCCCGCACCUCCCUCACCCUCGAGUUCGACGCCCUCGCCGCCGCGACCAUCCUCAAGCAGUACGCCUUCAGCUCCAUACUGGCCCUCUACCAAGACUCUCCCGAAGGCAAUGAGUUCGCUGCCGGGCUGAAGCUACUGCAGGAACCAGGGGUGAUGGUAGAGGCUCUACCGGUCAGCCUCCCUCCCGAUGCUUCUCUCAUGGCCUCCAUCGCCUCCUCCCCUGCCUCCGUCAUCCUCCUCUACAGCAGCAGCUCCGACCUGCUCGAACUUCUCCUCGCCUUGGCAGACGCGCAUCAGCUGCUCUCUGACAGGACGUGGGUGCUCGCCGGCGAGGUUGACCCGGAGGUUCUCGUGGGCGGCAUGAAGAAUCCGCCAGCUGCUCGCCAGCUGCUCGCCGGCUGGCUGUGGAUCCGGGAGGCACCGCUGACCGGACGAGAGGGUCUGAUGCUCAAGAUGUGGGAGGAUGCCAACGCCUCAGCGGCAGCCGUCGGCCUAGAACCUUCCUUCUCCUCCUCUCCCUCCAUUCUUGCUGCCUUCGCUUACGACGCUGUGUGGGCGAUGGCGUUUGGGUUGGCAGGAAGCACGGGCGGAGGGCGUGAGCUGGCAGACGAGACGAGAAAGCGGGAAUUUGCGGGGCUGACAGGAGAAGUGAGGUUUGUGAACCAGACCGGAGAUCGGGCGCUGCUGGGGUUUGACUUCGAAGUUGGUCAGCUCCUGGUCUCCAGCUCGGGGCUUCUCAUCUACGAGGUGGUGGCGACUUGGAGCGUGACGCGAGGGCUGCUGAAGACCAAGGACGUGUUCCCUCCUGCCCCCGGGUCGACUGAGGAUGCCCAGACUCCUCCUCCUCUCGUGCCUGCUCCUAGGGGGACCUCUCUCAGCAAGACCCUGCUGCUCGUUAUCAUCAUCGUCCCCUCCCUCCUGUUCCUCCUCACCUGCUGCUGCUGCGGGGCGAUCUUCGUGUACUGGCGGCGAAGUCAGCUGGAGGAGGAGUUGGACUCUGAGCUCAAGCGGGCGAUGGCGGAAGUGAGGGAGGCGCUUAGAAUCAGAGCUGAAGAUGGCUUCUUCCUGGCGCGCGAGCGAUCCCUGCUGGUGAGGAGCUGGAGGAGGAGGAAGGUGGAAGGCACCCUCUCCCUCUCCCAGCUCGUCGCCAUCUCGUCGCUCUUCUGCAUGCGAGACUUCGACCCUCGAGCUGUCGACCUGCUAGGCACGUUCCUGAGGGACGUCGAUGCUCGCAGCAGGAGCAGAGAGCAGGAGGAGAGCUGGGGGAACAUGGACUUGGCGAAGCCGUUGACGGAGGAGGGGUCCCGGAUGCUCCUCCUCCUUCACUUGAUCGUGAACGUCUGCGUGAAGCUCCUCGAUCCCACGCACUCCUUCUCCAUAUGGAUGGACUUGCCGGACAAGGAGGAGGGGCAGAGACUCGGAGGGGGGGAUGGAAGAGGCUCAGGGAGGAGGACGAAGGGGGCCUUGUCGAAUCUGGUGGACGACGACUUUGAAUUUCGCUUCCAGUACUUCCGCGAGAAGCUCCUGCAGCUGAGGAUGUGGCGAGACUACCCGCGCAUGUUCGCGCUGCUGCAGGAGGAGCUCAAGGAGCACAUGGACUACCUGGCGGCCUCCUGCACCAGCCGCUACCACGACAUGCAGUCCCUCCCUCAUGGCCUCAAGCUCGUGGCCCUUCCCGAGAUCAGCUGGGGUCCUGCUGGUAUCCACACGCAAGACCAUUCCGAGGUAGGGGCCAUACGCGUGGACGAGGCGGCGAGGGAAGAGAUGAGGUACCAGCAGGAGAGUCAGCUGGGAAGGCAGGUGGAGGGUGGUCACGUGCUCGAGGAGGAUCUCUUCCUCUCUCAGCUUCACUCGCGUGCCAACCUGCUCGACCAAGAGUUCCAGCGCAGGGUCUUCGAGCUAGUCGCCUCCCACGCCUCCGCCUCCCCCUCUCUCCAGCACCACUCCCACCUCGCUUCCGGCUCGAGCUCAGCCGGGUCUCGCUCGGGCAUCUUCGUGGACUGCGACUUCGAGGACGGCAGGAGCGUGGUGGAGGUCUGCAGUGCGCCAGUGAAGCGGAAGGAGAGGAUGCGUGAGAAGCUCGAGGACUAUGCGGAGGACGGCAAGACCUGGCCCCUCACCCGCCACAUCCUCGAUCCGGUUCGCUCUUCAAUCGUCUGUGAAGGCCCUUCGCAGAUGUUGGAGGUGCUCGGGUGGGUGACGGGAAGCAGCAGCAUGCAUCCCCUCAUGCCGCUGGUGCGCGUCAAGAACAAGUUCGCGGUGGAGGAGGUGGAGGAUGGGUACAGAGACAUUCAAGUCUGCGUUGUCUUCUCCUCCUCCUCCUCCUCCCUCAGGAUUAUCGGAGAAAUUCAAAUUCAUGACCGGAAGAUUCACGACCAGAAAGUCAAGAUGCAGAUGCAUAAGCUUUACAAGAUCCGGAGGACUGACAGCCCAGACGGUGUGAAGUGA